ACUCUUUCUGGUCCCUUACUUAGCUUUACCUACACUUUCCACCCCAACAUGGUGUUACUCUCCCUCCCAAAUGUGCCAUUUGGCUUCUUGGCUGGUGAGGAGGGAAACACAGGGACGAGCAGAGUUAACACUCUAGUGAAUUAAAAAUAGAAAAAGAGAAAAGAAACGCCUGAUUUUGCAAUCUAAUCAAUGCAUGGAAGAAGAGAAUUCCAAGAAGAGACCGCUGGACCUUGACUGGGGCGUGAUAUUGGACUCUAACAACGGCGAACCACCGCCGAUACUGAUCGUUAAAGGUGAUUCGCAGAUGCCAAAACCCUCGCCGAUGAGCUCCGAUCGCUCGCCUAGGGAGGAUUGUGCGUCCAUGACCGAUCACGAGCUCGAGGACGCAAUUAAGAGGCAUAAGUUCAAUAUUGCAAAAUUUGGUCCCUCUUUGCCUGACAAAGGAGAGAAGCUUCGGGCGUGGUUUAACGUCUUGGAGGAUGAGCACCAGCGGAGAAAGCUUCGACGUUCAGAAAUGGAUGUUGAUGUAUGUGACAUACCCACUCAGUUAGUAAAUUCAGAUGGCUUUAAACGACAGAAUGCAUCAUCUGAAGUCCAUUCACAAUCUGAAUUUGCGUCUAUUUUUAGUAGAAAGAUGGAAGAAAAUACAGAUAGCAAGGUAGGCAAAGCAUUUGACAAAGAAUUGUCAAUUUUGGGUCGAUGCAACAGCCCGGAAAUGAGAGCUAAUGGAGUCUUAUCACAAAGAUGGAGGCAAAAUGGUCAUUCAUCAUCAAAAAAAUUGCCUUAUCAACACGCUAGGCCUAGGAGCCUUUCGCAUAAUGGAGAUAGUAAUUUUAUGGGCAGAGCUUCUUCGGCUUCUCCCUUCUGCCACAAUGGGGAAAGCUUUUCCAGCAAAUUUUCCAAGAGGAAGGAUACUCAUCAAGUCCUACCUUCAUAUGUCUCAAGAACUAGGAAGUUGUUUAUUAGAUCCAUGAUGGCAUCAUUCAAACAGGGGCAGACAGUUGUUCUCGUAGAUGAGGAUGAAAUUCAAGUUGUGGAGACAAUAGAGCCAGAAUUCAAACUUGCUGAAUGCAUGAAGGAUGCUAAGAUCUACUAUCCAUCAAGAGAUGAUCCACAAUCUGUGGAAAUUUGUUACUCGGAUAUAAGCUGCCUAGCCCCUGAAGGUUUUUUGACGUCACCUAUCAUGAACUUUUACAUCAGGUAUUUACAGCUGCAAAUAUCUCCAACAAACAAGGCUAUAUGCGAUUAUCACUUUUUUAAUACAUUCUUCUACAAGAAGCUCAAACAGGCUGUGUCCUACAGGGGGAGUGACAAAGAAUCCUUUUUUGUCAAGUUCAGAAGGUGGUGGAAGGGUGUCAAUAUAUUUCAGAACGCAUAUGUCUUUAUUCCCAUACAUGAAGAUCUUCAUUGGAGCUUGGUGAUUAUUUGUAUCCCAGACAAGGAAGAUGAAUCGGGACCAAUUAUACUUCAUUUGGAUUCUUUGGGACUUCAUUCUAGCAAAUCAGUUUUUGAAGACAUUAGAAGCUAUUUGAGAGAAGAAUGGAAUUACAUGAAUCAAGAAGUUUCUCCUUCAGAUCUUCCAAUUGCAGACAAAAUAUGGAAACAUCUCCCUUGCAGAAUUGAUGAGAAAAAAAUUGAGGUACCCCAACAGAAAAAUGACUAUGAUUGUGGUCCCUUUGUACUGUUCUUCAUGGAACGGUUUAUUGAAGAGGCUCCUGAGAGACUGAAAAAGAAAGAUUUAGCAAUGUUUGGCAAGCAAUGGUUCAGACCUGAACAGGCCUCGGGUUUGAGAGUGAAAAUCAGAAAAUUACUUUUCAAUGAAUUUCAAAAUGCAAAUGAGAGUGGCAAAAUUUCAGUAUCUUCUCCUUCGCCUUCAGAUGGUGCUUCACCCUGAAUUUGAUCCAGCUGCUACUCUACUAGUUCUCUAAUGAGUUGAGUGUACAUCUACGUAUAUCUCGCAUUUGAAUACAAAUUAGACUGUUAAAGAAUGGUGAAAUGAAACUCGUAUAGCCUCGGAAAUUGGUUCAGAUGCUAUUGGCGCCACGGAAAAAGUGGAUUCACAAUUGUCUGGACAUGGAAAUAAGUUUCAGUUAUUUCCCUACUGACCAAUUCUGGUAAGAAGUCCAAUUUAAUUCCUUGUCCAAAAUCCAAAUGUACAGGAGGGAAUUGCAUUACUGCUGAUUACUAAUGAUCGUGGUAGCGAAGACAUUAUCCAUCGGAUAGGCUGUAUUCUGUAAGUAGUUUCAUCAAGAUACACUGGUCUAAAAUGCAAGCAGAACAGGACAAUUGAUAAUCGUUACACUGAGCUCCAUGGAAAUGCUUAGUGUCUUGUGAUUUGAUGUCCACAGCUUGCUUUUUUUUUUUUUUUUUUUGUCAGAAUUUGGAGGGACAAUGAGCGGCACUUCUUUUUGCUGAAUUUGUGGCUAGCCCUUGAAACGGCAGUUGAUGCAUAUUCUGUAGUUUGUGAAAGCAUAAUUUCAGCCCAAAUUAAUCCCUAGAUAUUUAAGAA